AUUAGCCUCCACAUUUCUUAGUGCAUUAUUUAUAUUUUAAUGAUCACGAAUAAAAUUGGAUGAUUAGAAAACUCGAUAUUUGUGAAGAUGACGACUUCUGAAAGUGGCUUAGACAAGUAUAUCUUGGUUGGAAUUAUUGUUGGAUCAACAAUGUUGGUGAUUUGCACAUGGUUGAUUACCGAUUUUUGUUUAUAUCAUCGAGAAAAGGCAAAGCAUAAAGAUAAGAAAAACCAUAAAUUCUACACAAGGAAACCAAAACGUUUACAAAUGCACCAUGUUUCAUUGCAAAUGCCAUUGCCCCUUACCAAUCCUUCCGCUCCUGAGCAAUCAACGGACAUAGAUUACUCAACAACGAAGUUACAAAGAACAACUUCGCCUGUUCAAGCGCAAGUAUCUCAUUCGACAGUGAAAUCACCAAGAACAACGUCACCCGUUCAAGCGCCAUUAUCACCAACAGGCAAUACCCUCUCCCCGAAACAAAAUAAGUUGAAGAAAAAACUUAAAAGAGAUAAGGCCUUGGGAAGUUCUCCGAGAAACAUGCAUAAAAAAUCUUCCAAUGAAAAGGGUUCAUUCAGACUUUCUGAGGAUGAAGAGUCAGAUUUUUACUCGGUGUUAAACGAUGAUAAAGCUACAGAAGACUGAGGAGUUCCAAUCGAAAUAAAAUCAAAUCAGCAAAAAAUCUUUAUUCUAUAGUUCCUGGUUUGCUUUUCUGUUAUUUUCUUUGAUCUUAAGAUGCUUAUUUUGCGUUGUGCUACGUGCUUUUCUUUCAAAAGAAUAUGACGUGGACAUUGUGCUAUUGUUGCAAAAGGAUACCUGUUAUUUUUGCAAAAGAUGUGAUAUAAAGUUCCAAAACAUACUCAUUCUGACCCACACACACCCUUACAAACAUCCUCCCCCACCCUUACAUAUACCCUCAUUCACGCUCAUACAUAGUGAGAGGGGGAGGGAGAGAAAUUAAAAAAAAAACACGAAAAUAACGAAAAGAGUUCAAUAAAAAAAAAUAUACACACCUAAAUCUGUGAACAUUGCAUAGAAUGAGGACCAUUGGAACAAUUUUCAGAGAUGAAGUUUGGUACAUAGACUGAGUAGAAAAGAUAAAGAGAGAAAAAAUGUUCUUAUUCACGCAUAGACUAUUGUGCAAAACUGUUUUAAAAACAAUUUAAAAGCUAUUUUUAGAAAAACAUGUGAAAGUAACAAUUUUAAAACUUUUAAGAUUAUCAUGUGUUUAAUAACUUAAUGAAUAAUAGUUUACAACAUUUUGUUGGUCGUCGUUUGUUUGUUGCCUUUAACACUCACAGUAACUUUAAUAACAUAAUAUUUUUCAAUAUUAUAUGCACAAGAAAAAAGAGAACAAAGACUUUUGUAAGUUAUACCAGGUAUGUAGGACAGUCAGUUCUUCUGUUCAUUAAAGGUAUAUUUUAUAAAAUGUUUUUCAGUUGUGUCAUAAUGAUAAUCGACUUAUAUUUUUGAAAACAAGAAGUGUUGUAUAUUUUUAGUCUACAUACUUGUUUUCUAUCCCAUGAUUUGACAGAAUUAAUGUAUUUGCUGUCCAUGUUUGUAUGCACUUCCUGUUUGGGUCACGAUGACAAAUAACUAUAGUGAUGAGACAACUUAUAAGAUGCCAGCUAAUUUAGGUAAGCAUGGUCAACUGUUUUGUUCACGAUGACAAAUAAUUAAAGUGAUAAGAUAACGUCUUAUAUACCAGCUAGUUUAGAUAAGCAUUAUCAUUUUUCAAGAAUAUAAUGCUUUUAAUACAAGGGUGUUACUUGGGGAUUAUAAGAUUUCAUAAGAGGAAACUCUGUAUAUCAUAAAUGAUACUAGCAGUCAUAAAUAUAAUCACUGUCAUGCAGAAAUAUUUUUUACCAACACAAAAAGAUCUCUUGGAUUCCAUAUAUGAAAUAGAUAGCAAGACUUCGGCAAGCAGCAAGAUAUGCAAAAAUAUAACUUGCAUUGUUACUACUUGUAUGCUUAGACUCGAAUGAAUCCUAUUAAGUUAAAUAUAUCAAAGAACAAGAAAUACUGCUCUGUAUAGGAAAAAGUAAAUAAUGUUUAAUGUUUGAAAGUUAGUUAAAGAAGACUGAUGAAGAAAACUCAAAUUAACUUAUAUAUUCAAAUAUUCUUGUUUAUAAUUUGAAAUACUUUUUUGCCUUACCUGACUUUUAAAAAAGAUGACCGAGGCUUCGAAGAUGACUAGAAAGGCCAAUACGUUUACCGAGGCGUGAAUAAAAAAAAGUCUUAGAUAUUAUCCAGGAAUUAAUAUUAAUUUUGUUAAAAGAUUUAUUGAUUUUUUUAACUCGAUAAAUAAUAAUUUAAACAUUGUGUCGGUCUUUUGACGG